CACAACUCCGUUUCCUUUUCCUCGCUGUGCCAAAGGCGUCAAACUGAAAACACUUCAUAUCUGGUUUCAUGGCUGUGAAACAGCAGGUCCAGUUAAAGCUUCAGUUGAUCUGCUCCUCAGGCUCCGGACACCUCCUCCAUGUCCUCCUGAGGUAGACGCUCAGCCCCGGCGGCCCCCCGGCAGGCCUCUCCGUUCACCGAGUGAGCAUCAGUCCUCACGCCGCGGUUAGGUGGGUGCAGCUCGGCUACAGAGGCAGAAUGGGCCCGGUGCACCGUUAGCGUCAUACCGGUGCUCAUCUGUUUUAGCUUGGAUGCCCCGGGUACCGGAGUUCUGCUGUCAGGAUGAACGGCACUCAGCAGCAGAGUGACACAAAGAGACAGAACCUCCUGGAGAGGCUGCUGGAUGCUGUCAAACAGUGCCAAAUCCGCUUUGGAGGAAGAAAGGAGAUCGCCACAGACUCAGACAGCAGGGUGAUCUGUCUGUGUGCACAGUUUGAAGCGGUGCUGCAGCACGGCCUGAGGAAGAGCCGAGGUCUGGCUCUCACCGCCGCCGCUCUCAAGCAGGCUGCAGGCUUCAGCACCAAAACUGAAGCAGAGUUGACUUUCUGGUUCUACGUGAAGGAGCAUCUGAACCGCCACGAGCUUCAGCGGUUCUACUCCCUCCGUCACAUCUCCUCAGAGCUAGGCCGGGGUCGCGCCUGGCUUCGCUGCGCCCUCAACGAGCACUCGCUGGAGCGCUACCUGCACACACUGCUGGCUGACCGCCCACGCCUAGGAACUUACUAUGAAGACUGGGCUUUUAUUCUCGAUGAAGAGAGAGCAAGUAUGCUCCCCACCAUGGCUGCAGGUCUGAACUCCAUCCUGUUUGCCAUCAACAUCGACAACACUGAUCUGAACGGGGGGGUGACGCGAGGAGGAGGCUCCUCCGUGUCCCACCUCCUCAAGGAGUCCACGCAGGGCAUCGGCAGCCUGUGGAAAGAGUCGACUCAGGGGGUCAGCAGCCUGCUACGAGAGAUCAGCACUGCCACAGCUGUGGUGCCCGGCUUCACUCCCAGAGUGGACGGAGCCUCAGACCCGCUGCCUGUCCUGCCACGCAGCAGCUCUGCUGACUCAGGGCUGAGGAAGGAGCGCCGCAGGAAAAAGAAAAUCACCAACAUCAUUUCGUUUGAUGACGACCUGGACGGAGGAGCGGAGGAUGAGGAGGAGGGAGAGGAGGACUCCCAAAAGAUGGGUGUGAUGAGGAAAAGCCACACUGCUCCCGCUCAGAGCAGUGUGGAGGAGGGCAUUGAUCCUCUGGAGCCAGCCUUCUCUGAAUCGCCGGCCCAGAAUGGCCUCACUGAGCCGGGCAUAGUCAGCUGGGUGGGGUCCCCUCAUCCCUCACGCACUCCUCCACCCACUGCUGCACCUCCUCUGCCUGACAGUAAGAGUUUAGACAACGAGGAGGAGGAGGAAGAAGAGGAGAUGUACAAACCCAGAGCACAAACCCAGGAGGAGGAGAGGAGCAGCUCUGACCAGGUGGUGGUCGGCAGCCUGUCCAGCGUGUCCACGUGGAGCCCUCUGCAGGUGAUGACUGAUCACACCAGCUCGGACAUCCUCAUCCCUCUGAACCCUGCGGACUCUCAGCCAGUGAGCUCUGUGGAGGACACGGCUGCAUUUCCUGCUCAGUGUGAGUCAACCGGCCCGGCGGAAAACUGUGAGAGCAGCAGAUCGCUGUUAACCUUUAAUAUGGAGUCCAGUCCACCGACGCAGCCUGCUCCUCUCUGCAGUGUGCUGCCAACAUCUGCUCUGCCAGAGUCCAUGACCGUCGUGGAGCUGCGUCAGGCCAUUGUGGCCAUGAUGAACAGGAAGGACGAGCUGGAGGAACAAAACACGUCUCUCCGCAGUCUGCUGGAUGGGGAGAUGGAGCACUCGGCAGGCCUGAGGCAGGAAACUGAUCUGCUGAAGAGGAAGCUGGCAGAGCUGGAGGAGAGACACACAGCCAAGGUCCAGGCUCUAGCCAGGGAGAACGAGGUCCUGAAGGUCCAGUUGAAGAAGUAUGUGGGGGCGGUACAGAUGCUGAAGAGAGAGGGGAGCCAGGGCAAUGACGGUGGGGCCAGGUGGUCACCGCGCGUUGGCUUCUGCAACGUCACAUCUCGCAGGUUCCCACGUGGGCACAGCAGGGGUGUGUGACACAUUUCAUCACCUGGACCGAUCGGUGUUAAUGAACAUUUUAAUCAUCUCGCCCAACGCCAGAGCCUGCUGGGUGUCAUCUCGUCCGCCUUUUUCCAGCAGAUAAAUAUGGAAAAGCGCGGCUGAGGAGGGAAAGCUCUCCAGCAGGGUGCGGAUUCCCAUGUGAUGCAUCUUUUGGCUCUCAGGCAACAAGUUCCUAAUAUUUGUUUGACUUCACUGCCUUUUUUUGUCACAACAUUAGAUAACACAAACAUUG